CGCCCAGCCGGUAGCCAGGGACCCAUCGGCUGUGGAGCCGACGCGCGAAACCCGUUUGAAGGUUAUGGACGAUAAGCCCGACCCUGGAACCCUGAGUGAGAAUUCGGAAGUUCUCUUCUCCUUUGGGGUGAUAGCAGAUAUCCAAUACGCUGAUUUAGAAGAUGGCUAUAACUUCCAAGGAAACAGACGAAGAUACUACAGACACAGUCUGUUUCACUUACGGGGUGCUAUUGAGCACUGGAAUAGGGAGGGCAGCCCGCCCCGCUGCGUGCUUCAGCUUGGAGAUAUCAUUGACGGGUAUAACGCACAGUACAAAGUGUCUGAAAAGUCGCUUGAACUUGUUAUGAACACUUUCCAGAUGCUUAAAGUCCCCGUUCAUCACACGUGGGGGAACCACGAGUUCUAUAACUUCAGCAGAAACUACCUAACAAAUUCUAAACUUAACACAAAGUUUCUAGAAGACCAGAUUGUGCACCAUCCCAAGACUGUGCCUUCGGAGGAUUACUAUGCUUAUCACUUUGUCCCGUUCCCUCAAUUCCGGUUCAUUUUACUGGAUGCUUACGACUUGAGCGUCUUAGGCGUGGAUCAGUCCUCUCCAAAAUACCAGCAGUGUCUGAAGAUACUGAGGGAGCACAAUCCAAAUUCGGAGUUGAAUAGUCCGCAAGGACUUUCUGAGCCCCAGUUUGUCCAGUUUAAUGGAGGAUUCAGCCAAGAGCAGCUGAACUGGUUGAAUGAAGUUCUUACGUUCUCUGACACAAACCAGGAAAAGGUGGUGAUUGUGAGCCAUCUUCCCAUUUACCCAGAGGCCUCUGACAGUGUGUGCCUGGCCUGGAAUUACAGAGAUGCCCUGGCAGUCAUUUGGUCUCACAAGUGUGUGGUGUGUUUCUUCGCUGGUCACACUCACGAUGGUGGCUACUCUGAGGAUCCUUUUGGUGUGCACCAUAUCAACCUAGAAGGGGUUAUUGAAACGGCUCCGGACAGCCAGGCUUUUGGCACCGUUUAUGUCUACCCUGACAAAAUGAUGUUGAAAGGGAGAGGCCGAGUUCCAGACAGAAUUAUGAAUUAUAAGAAGGAAAACGCUUUCCAGCUUUAGUCCCAUUUAUCUUGUUUACCGUUCUAGAGAGUGGUGGUUGAGCGUUGUGUUUUUAUUUACCCCCCCACAAAUCCUCAGGCUCAUUGUGUAGUAUUCUAUUUGCAUAACAAAAUGUAUUUAUGGCCUCAGUGUGCGUUAGCUCAUGAGAUACUCUGAAAUGUCAUUUUUGGAUAAUCUAUCCAGUGCUGAGGGUUGGAAACAAAAUGAAUGAAAAAUGAAAGCAGCCUGAAUCAGCCAGGGAGGAGACAGAGGGGGGUGGUAUAGUUCUCAAAACUGACUUCAUUUAGCCUUAUCUGACAUUUUUUUACUUUUUACAAGGAGGAUGUAUUCAUGUAUUAACUAUGUAACUUAAAAUUCGUAAUAAAAAAAUAAAAUCAGCUCAGGUAAACUU